AAGAAGUAAAUUUUGCGUUGCUUAGCUCAAGAUCUCAGGUUCAAUUCCGGCCUCGGCGGCCCUAUUCCGAUGGAGGUGGGGUGCAAGACCGCUCAUGUACCGUCCAUUUGGUGCAUGGUAAAGAACCCGAGGUGAUCAAAUGUAAUCCAGUGUGCUUCACUAAAGCGUGCCUCCUAUUCAGAUCGUGGUUCUGGCGCACAAAACUGGAGAAUCAAAUUUUUUAAAGAAAUUCACUUCAGCUUUAUCAAAAGGACCAGGAUUGAACUCAGUGUCACCGGGAAGUAUCAAAAGCAAGGCAAGAUAUAACACUCGGUUCGCAACCAAAAUAAAACGUUUGUUAAGCAGUAUGGCACACUCGCGCUGUGUGCGCAACACCUGACAGAGUGGUAGAAGUGAGCAACGCUACAACUGGUCUAGAAAUUUCAAUUAGACGAAAAUCACCGACCGGAAUUGUACAGACAAACCGAGGUUCACAAGCAUGCGCCUAAACUUAAGCACACGAGUAUUUUCGUUCGUGCUCUUCUGACCUGGAGGUAAAAUACAGCUGGAAGUUGAGUAAUACGGUCUUGCCGGUGGUGCAACGCCGCUCUCAAUAUGCGUUAAGCAGCUGUGACACACGUUCAAGGGCGGGGGCCUCCGUGUCGAACGAGAUAAAAACACAGGCAUCCCCCUCACAUACCGGGGGGUUGCUUUCUAAGCAUAGGGAUCAGCUUUGCAAACCUCAUACGGAGACAGGCGAGCAUGCCUCAAGGUCAAUUCGCUGUUUUCCGACAGCAGUGCAGGGGUGACGCGGCACGCCAGGCCUGUCUGGUGCAUAUCAAUGGAUGCAGGAUUCAUCGGGAGGCGGAGAGAGCCAAUAACUACCACUGCAGUGAUGAUCCAGUGGUGAGAGAUCGCGCUGCCUCUGCUAGCUCCGCAACACGGCAAGCGGCUCCGCGAAAGUUAGGGAUUAUCUUCGGUCUGCCGGAAAAGUGAGCGCCUGCUACCAAACCUCCCUGCUGUCCGCGGGGCCCGCAACAACCUGCAAGCGGGAAGACCAUGGACGACCCCCUCGCGGCAUUCGUCUCCACCUUGCGGGACUGGCGCUGGAUCGCCAUUGCACUGGUCUUCGCCUUCACGUGCCUCGUAAGCCAUUUCUACGAUAGAGUGUCCAAGUACCCAAGAGGACCGUUCCCUGUCCCCGUAUUUGGGAACCUGCUCGCUCUGCGGAAGGCCGAAAAUUUGCACAGCCAGGCGAUCGAGUGGUCCAAGACCUACGGCGACAUAUUUACUCUGUGGGUUUCGCACAAUCCGAUGGUGAUCCUCAACAGCUACGAUGUCAUUCGGGAAGCGUUCGUCAAGCAGAAGCACGUGUUCGCAGGACGAACUCCCUUGAGAAUGCGUGACAUACAGAACCAAGGAAAUCACGAUAUUAUGUUCGAGGAUUACACGCCCUACUGGAAGGCACUUCGAAAAGUGGCAUCCCUGGCUGUGCGGAAAUACGCUGUCACAGGAGCCUUGGAACGACUGUGCACCGACAUCGUCGACGCCUACGUAGACACCUUGACAUUGGAGCCACAAAUUGUUGACUCGAAGAAGUUAUUUUUCUCCAUGCUUUACAAGCUUACAGGAGCAUCAAUCUACGGCGCAAGCCUGAGCGGAGAAGAAAGGGACAUUCUUCGCCUGGAAGAGAUAGACCACGAGUACUACGCAGUUUCUCCAAACGGCCUGCCGAGCGACAUGGCGCCCGUUCUGGGACUCCUGUACCGCCAGAGAGAGAGAAAGAUCGAGGCCCUGUACACUGAGUACCGAGAGAUUGUUCACCGGCUGUUCGCUAAGGCCGAAGAGUCGUACUACGCAGGCAGCAAGGACAACAUCGUGCAUGGCCUGAUUGCCGCUCGGGAGGAGGCCAUCCGAGAGAGGGAAAGUGACGCCGAAUAUCUUACCAAAGAAAACAUGGUGCAGGUUGUCAUGAACUUGUUUGGAGGCGCCACCGACACUUCGGCGUCAGCGCUUCAGUGGUUGUUUCUCAGACUCGCUAAGCACCCCGAGAUUCAGAAGAGAAUUCAGAUGGAAAUAGAAGAUAGCAUCGGAACCAAUUCACCUGUGUACGAAGACCGAGAAAAACUGCCUUUCACAACGGCAUGCAUGCUGGAGACGUUUCGGUGUCAUCCUUUUACACCAAUCGGAAUGCCCCACAAGACGAAUACUGAUACAACAGUCGGCAUGGUAGCCAUACCCAAAGACACGGGCGUGUUGUUCAACGUCUACAGAGUGAACCACGACCCACGCCUCUGGGACGAACCAGAAAAGUUCCGACCUGAUCGCUUUCUGGACCCCGCCACUAGAAGACUGCGUCAGGACGCCGGGCCGCUGCUAAGUUUCGGCCUAGGUGCAAGGUCUUGUCCAGGAGAGAAACUUGCGCACGUGGACAUAUUCUACAUCCUCGUCCGAUUCAUGCAGAGAGUCAGCUGUAGCGCCGUCAACAAUUCCUCACGUGUGGACAUGAAAAGCAUCGGCUCGUCGCUAUUCUUCCUACCCGCUCAACGUGACAUCAUUCUCUCCAGGAGAAACUGAUGCUUGGAGCGCUAUAGUUUCGUGCAGCGUUCAUACUCAGCAGAGUCCAAAGCUGGGGUGUAAAGCGAAGAGCUGCGAUUCAGGCAGUGAAAGUCGUGUUGCAUCGUGUUCAGGUACCUCCGAAAUCAGGGCUGACGUUCUGAUAUAGCUGAAGCUGCCAUGGUCGAGCUGGCGUUGCCGUCAUCUUUGUGUUCAUUUGAAACGCGCUUUAGUGGCGUCAGAGGCGUUGUUUGAGUCGGACCGCGGGCAUUCAGUGGAAACGAUUACGCAAGAUGGGACCUUAAAUUCAAUAGCCGUACUCCAAAGCAGAUUAUUUGCAACAACCUUAUACGUGGCAAGCAAAAGAGUGCUGCACACCCUUUAUCAGGUGCAACCUGUGUAAUAGGUCCAAACUCGCUUUCCUGAUUUUUUUUUCUUUCUGUUUUACCAAGAGCACAACUGAUUUGUGACCUUCUUUAUGCAGGAUAAAACUAAACUUUCUGGCCACUAUUAUGAGAAUAUGAACAUACAAUAAAAAUUCGAAAGCUGUGUUCAAGUUAAUAAUUUGAAACAGAGGUCGGUUCUCAUGAUGUAUAACAUAAGUUAUACUCAUAGAAAGAACUGAGAUAUAUCCCUUUUUCGCUACAUGGUCUAGAUGAACAACUCAGUUUUCCGCCAAUUACGCGCGGUAUAGCGCAUAAAUGUUCAGUAACUUUUCUUACGAAAUGGUUUAGACCGGCUGGUUGGGAUGUUAACGUCGCUCUCAACUUUGUUUCAAGAUUAUCGAUAAAAGUGAGCUCUUCUUGCGUUACGCGCAGCAGUCGCAGAUCAAAAUGUCUGGACAAAUUUGUCUGCUGUUACGCUUUUUUUUUUCUUGUUCUUCAUUAAGUAAGAACGUCACGCAGUAUUUCAAGUCUCAUCUGUCUCCACCUGCAUACGCCUCUCUCAAGGCAAAUCAAGGCUAACCUUACUUUCUUUAAACUUUCAUGUGCUUAUGUAUACGUGUAGUGAAGUGGUGCUGCUUGAGUAGCGCUGCGGUGUUUGACGCAAAAGCUAUGCUCACGCUUCAGAGCUUGGUUUGUGUUCCAAUUCAUGUAUGCCGACAAGAAAAAUGAAUAAAGAAUUGUUUCACUGAAAAAGUGACAGAAAAUGCAUCUUUCAUUAGGUGCCUGUCAAGCGCGUUCAACUUCUAUAGCAUUUUUCGAAGAAACGCCAAACUUUCUUAAUCUAAGCGGUGCUUCCCACCUACGCGGUAGGAAGAAGUAAAACGUUAAUCACGAAGACAUGCUCAGAGUAU